GGGAAAAAAGAAAUUGAAAUAGCGAAGUGAUAAAAAAGUAAAACUAGUCAAACAUAAAGAGACACAAGCAUUAGUUGUUAAACAAGUGAUAGAGAAGGCUUUAAAAUUGUGUCUGCGUUUGCGAUCACCGGAAGUGAUGGAAGGAUGGAAGAUGAAAAGCGACGAGGCUGGUGAAUCUCAAGUGAAUCCCAAUGACAAUGCAAGUUGACUAACGACAACUGAAUUGGAAUUGGAACUAGAAUUUCCAAUGACAACCUCAAAUCUCACCCUCUCCCUCUCACUCUCACUCCUCCUCCUCCUCCUCUUGGCCUUCACUGACCACGCCGCCACCACCACCUCCGCCCCCUUCGUGGGCGUCAACAUUGGCACCGACGUCUCCACCCUCCUCCCCCCAGCCGCCCUCGUCAACUUCCUGAACCGCCAAAAGAUAACCCACGUCCGCCUCUACGACGCCAACCCGGACCUCCUCGGCGCCCUCUCCGGCACCGGCAUCUCGGUGACCAUCUCCGUCCCCAACAACCAGCUCCUGGCCAUCGCCUCCUCCAACGCCACCGCCUCCAACUGGAUCCGCAAAAACGUGGCCGCCCGCCUCCCCGGCACCCGCAUCACCGGCAUCUCGGUGGGCGACGAGGUCCUGAGCAGCGUCCCCUCCUCGGCGCCCCUCCUCCUCCCCGCAAUUGAGUCUCUCCACGGCGCCCUGGUGGCCUCCAAUCUCCAGAAGCAGGUGGUGGUUUCCACCCCUCACUCCUUCUCCAUAAUCCUCAACUCUUUCCCUCCCUCCCAAUCCUUCUUCAACCAAACCCUAGAACCCUUCCUCCUCCCUCUCCUCCGCUUCCUCUCCCAAACCAAUUCCCCCUUAAUGCUCAACCUCUACCCUUACUACGUCUUCAUGCAAAACAAAAACCUCAUCCCUCUCGACAAUUCCCUCUUCAAACCCCUCUCUCCCUCCAACCACAUGGUCGACCCCAACACUCUUCUCCACUACACCAACCUCCUCGACGCCAUGAUCGACGCCGCCUACUUCUCCAUGAAGAACCUCAACGUCACCGACGUCCUCGUUCUCGUCACCGAAACCGGCUGGCCUUCCAAGGGGGACUCCAAGGAACCCUACGCCACACCUUCCAAUGCUAUCACCUAUAAUUCUAACCUCAUUAAGCAUGUUUUCGAUCGCAGUGGCACCCCUUUGCACCCCGAAACCACUUCCUCUGUUUAUAUAUAUGAGCUUUUCAACGAGGAUUUGAGGUCCCCGCCGCUGUCUGAGGCUAAUUGGGGCUUGUUUUAUGGGAAUGCCACGCCGGCUUACUUGCUUCGUGUUUCCGGGGUUGGGGGUUUUCUGGCUAGUGAUGAUGCUAACCAGACUUAUUGUGUUGCUGCUGAUGGGGUUGAUUCUAAGACUUUGCAGGCUGCGUUGGAUUGGGCGUGUGGUGUGGGCAGGGCUAAUUGUUCCGAUAUUCAACCUGGGGAGACUUGUUAUCAGCCUAAUAAUGUUAGGAAUCAUGCUUCUUAUGCUUUUGAUAGCUAUUACCAGACUCAGGGCAAGUCUCCCGGGUCUUGUGACUUCAAAGGGGUGGCUAUGAUCACAACGAGUGACCCCAGUCACGGCAGAUGUAUAUUUCCUGGAAAUAAGAAUUUAAGCAACAAGACAAAGCAAGUGGUAAACACUACUGAAUCAAGCAACGCAGGGGAUAAUUUAAGGUUCAGAACCUUUAGAAGCAUCAAAAUAAGUGCAAUCAACAUCAUUUGGCACAAUUACUUGGUUGCUGCUUUCCCCGUUUUGUUGUUAUUCCUUUUGUGAGGUGCAAAUAAUUAUUUUUAGUUCAUUUUUUGAGGGGCGGGGGAGGAUAUGUAGGAUUAUUUUGUAUUUCUUAGAGCAAAGAAUUUCUGGAUGACUUGCUGUUCUAAACUUAGUGCUUAAGAUAGGUGCUUCCUUUCAAGAAAGUAAGAGAGGCGUGGGGGGUUCUUGUAAUUAAAUAUGUAUCUUGAAUUAUAUUUGUAGUAUAUGAACAUAAAAGAAAUGAAUAUUCUCAAGUGAAUAUUUUAUAUGA